UACUUAAGGCCUUUCAAGCGUUCGCUUCCGACCGGGUAAGACGUGCCAAACAACUUCUGGCAAUCUCCGGCAUUCGAAUCUGAUUCUCUGUCAGAAAACCAAGACAGCAGCGAACCCUUCUCCAGUUUUCAAUGAAUAACAUUAGCACUUUUGCUGUCUGUUUAUUAUGGACUGUCGUGGCUUUUGCUGCCGGUACCUGCCCGCAGUGGGAUGCUGACACACCUUGCAUAUGCAGUGAGGCACAAGAUGGCCUGAUGGUCCAAUGUACGGGUCCAGCACAAAAUCAGAAAAUUAUCUCAGCUCUGGAAGCAAUAAGGCCUACAGAUAUUUGGAAUCUUCAAUUAGAAUAUGUAGAUCUAGAAGAACUACCCCCGUCAAUUAGGACUGUUUCAUCUUUGCGCCUCACAAACUGCAAUCUCGGACGUCUGCAAAAGACAACCCCUCUAGUUUGGCCCAAGCUGAACGAGGUUGUAUUCGAAUCUUUGAAGAUUAGAGACAAUCCGUGGCCGCAGUUGAAAGGAGCUCAAGUACUUAAGUCGAUAAAAGUCAGUGACUUUACUAUGAUGCGUACCAUUGGUCAGAACUUUAAGGGUGUGUCCGACAGCGUGGAGUAUUUGGAUAUCAGGAAAACUGGGACAACCAGGCUAGAGUCAGGAGCCAUGAGUCACCUGAAAAAUCUGCGUUAUGUAUUCAUUGCUGAUAUGCCCCUAAGUGAAUUUCCAAGAGAUUCUCUUCCAGCAGAGUUGCCACAGCUGCAUACUUUCAUCGUUGGGAAUACCCUGAUUUCUCAACUGGAACCCAACUUUUUUGAUGGUAUGCCCAAAUUAGAAGUUUUGAUGCUAAACGGCAACAGGUUUUCAUCAUUAGACUCACAGCUAUUUAUGCCAUUAAAAAGUCACUUAGUUCAUCUGGUUGCUGAAAGAAAUCCUCUUCAAUGUGAUUGUAAUCUUCUCUGGUUAAACAAAAGUUUCCAAAGCAGACGUUCAAUAAAAGUAUUGGCAACCUGUUUUGACAAAUCAACACAAGAAUUUAGAGAAGUAAUGAAACUCAAUGAGAAUGAAUACUGUUCUUAAUUGCAUGAAAGAAGUCCGAGUUCAAAUAGAAUAUAUGCAUCAACAUCAGUAAAUCUUGACUUUAGAAAAUAAGAUCUUGUAAAGUCAUCAUUUUAAAUGUACAGAGAAAAAAAAAGAAAACUGGGAUACAUCAACACCACAUGAUUUGAAAUAAAAAUCAUGACUGUAA